AGAGUCUUUUAGGAUAAUUUUUAGAAUCUUUGGAUUUAAUUUUACUACUUUAUCGUAAUUUUUCAUUUCUGUUCCAUUUUUCAACUCGUACAUGUAAAAUUAGCCACAAUGAGCAAGCUCUCUAUGGAUACAUUAAACGGGGCCAUCUCGGCAAUUUUGGAGCAGUCCCAGACAAAGAAGCGUAACUUUCUGGAGACCGUAGAGCUCCAAAUUUCCCUAAAGGACUACGAUACUCAGCGUGACAAGCGUUUCUCUGGUACCGUUGUUCUCCAAAACGUCCCAAAGGAGAACAUGAAGAUUUGUGUCUUUGGUGACGCCGUUCAUUGCGACGAAGCCAAGGCUUUGGGCGUCGAUUACAUCGAUUUGGAGGGUAUCAAAAAGUUCAACAGGAACAAGAUCAUGGUCAAGAAGCUUGCAAGGAACUACAAUGCUUUCCUUGCCUCUCAGGCUUUGCUUCCACAGAUUCCUCGUUUCUUGGGUCCAGGCCUCAACAAGGCUGGUAAAUUCCCUACCCAAUUGCUCCACAGCGACAAGAUGGAGGACAAGAUCAACGAGAUUAAAAAGAGCGUCAAGUUCCAGCUCAAGAAGGUUCUUUGUAUGGGUGUCGCUGUUGGAAAUGUGGGCAUGACUCACGAGCAGUUGCGCAACAACAUCUUGUUGUCCAUAAACUACUUGGUGUCUCUUCUCAAGAAGAAUUGGAACAAUGUCAAGGGUUUGACCAUCAAGAGCACCAUGGGAAAGCCACAGAGAAUCUACGGAUAGUGUAGUAAAAUUUUACCAGUUA